GCAAUUGGUACAAACGACAGUAAUUGGCAACGGACCUGCUGUUACCUAUAGAUCUAUCUACUGUCUCGAGCUCUGAUCAGCUAGUUCCUUCACAGUUCUACAGUUCCACAGCCUCUUCAUUAGAGUGCACGAUUGAGUGGAGGUGUUACUGACAGUGACUCGGCAAAAGUGGUUGAACUUGUAUCAGUCAUCAACCGAAGAACUAAAAUCAAUCGGAUCGUACUAUGGGUCAGACACAGUCUCUUCGUAAGACUGGGUUUGUAACUAGUCUCAAGAAAAAAUACAUAAACAGAGAGUUUGGAGAAAAUAAACAAUGGCUACCAGUUAGAGGAGACGGACAACUUAGAAGACUUUUCAAACUGCAAUUAGUCGAGACUGAUAAAAUAAAAGGGUUUGGAAACAAGGGGAAUCGUUCGAGUGGCAAUGGCAAGCAACCUGAAGAUGACAAAGAUGACAAAGAGAAACGCAAAUCAAUACUCCACACUGACCUGUUCAAGUCUACUAGCAGUGACAACAAACCAGUAAGGAAGAUUGUUGUGAAAGGCAAUGCUGGGAUUGGUAAAACUACACUGUGUACCAUGCUUACUGAGGAGUGGGCAAAAGGUAAUAUCCUGAAACAAUUUGAUUGUGUUCUGCUGCUUCCACUGAGAGAAAAUCGAGUGUCCUCUGCCACAAGCCUCCCUGAGCUGAUUAAACUUUUCCAUCCCGAUGAGGAGACCUGCAUACCUCCAACAAAAAGGAUGAAGGGUAAAGAGGGAGAAGGUGUCCUCAUCAUAGCUGAUGGCUGGGACGAACUAAGUGAGGGUGCUCGAGCUACUGGCUCGUUUCUAUAUGAACUUCUUCUUGGUUAUGGUUGUUCCAAAGCAUCUGUUCUCCUCACCUCCCGACAUUCUGCAACAGAACCUUUUCACACACUCUCUUCAGUGGACGCUUUCAUCGAGGUGGUGGGUUUUGAUGAAGAAAAUAUUAAACAGUACAUAGUUGAGGAUUUCAAAGAUGAUCCAGAAAAGGCUUCUUCUCUUAUGGAGCAGCUUAAAAGCAAUCCACUCAUUCAGAGUUUGUGCUCUGUGCCACUUAAUUGUGCGAUUGUUUGUGACCUGUGGCGCCACAACUUACAGCAAACACUUCCAAGCACAAUCACAAAACUAUAUGCUAGGAUAACACUGUCUGUCGUGCUUCGUGACAUUAGGAAGAAAUGUCCACAACACUGUGUAGACUCGCUUGACAAUUUCGAUUCCAUUCCUGAUGAACUUCAAAAUGAUUUCUGGCUAGUUUGCAGGUUUGCUUUUGAAUUUUUGGCUAAAGAUCGAAUAGUCUUCUCAGACAGUGAAGUUUCAUCGUUUUCUAAAGAUGGGAAGUUUAAUAAGAAGGCGUUUUUUUUUGGUUUAUUGCAAUCAGCACAUUCACAUUUCCCUAGCCAACAAAACUCAUUGACAACAGGUUAUGGCUUGUCGUUUCACUUCGCUCACUUGACUAUUCAGGAGUUUUUAGCUGCCCUUCAUAUCGUCAUUUUAUCUCAUGAAGAGAAAACAAAGAUUUGCAACACUUAUGCUGGAAACAAUCGGUUUAAUAUGGUCUGGAGAUUUGUGUUCGGUCUUAAGUCUAAAGAAGUGAAAUAUAGGGACCAAGUAGUCUCUUUAGGUGAUACAUUGGUUGAUCAAGUUUUAUUUGCAAUAAGAGACCAAGACAUUUUACUUUGCCACUGCUCAUUGGAAUCCCAGGAUAAGGUUGUGCAUUGUAAAGUAGCCAACAGAAUUUAUGCCAAGUUUAGUUAUUGUUAUAGAUCAAUCAGAAGGCCCCAAACUGCUCACGACAGUGUAGCUCUUUUGCACAUUUUUAACUGUAUAUCACAUUGUUCAGAGGUCAAGCUCGAUUUUUCAGGGAGUCUUAAUGAUGAACAGCUUCAGAAACUAGCUACUAUCCUCAUUGAUAGAAAGUUGCAAGUAAAAGAAUUAAGUCUCGAUAACUGCAAGCUCACAGGUGAAUGUCUCGAGACCUUCUUUAACAAAGCAUCAGCAUCAUUUCGGUAUCUUUACAAAGUAUCUCUAGAUGGAAACUUUAUCAAAGCUUUACCAUUUUCAUCCAGCAAUAACACAUUAACUAGCCUUUCUUUAUCCAAGAAUCCACUCUGGCAAAAUGGCGUCCAGUCACUAGAGAGUGUUGUACGCGCAGGUUCACUAGUAAAACUUGAGUACUUGUGUCUAUCUAGUGCACUGACAAACGACACAGAUAUUAUCAAUACAACAAUGUUAGCCACACUUCUUCCAGCAUUAGCUACACACUGCCCUAAUCUGAAGGACCUUAAUCUUUCUGAGAACAAUAUUGGUGUACCAGGAGCUGGUGUAAUAGGAGAGGCCUUUGUGAGACUUGCUACUAAUAGGAAGGAGUUGAAGCUGAACUUAAGUGAGACUAAUCUCAACAGUGAAGCAGCGAAAGAACUUUCUGAUAAAGUAUUGGCUUCUUUAGAGGAUGUUUCAAACCCACUCUCCUGUGAAAUCAAUUUGCGUGUUGAUAAUAACCCACUUGGACACAGCGGCUUGUUAGCCAUCUUUAGAAUGCUCUCUAACCAAAACUGUCCAGUAACAAGACUUGACCUAGACCACACACAUACAGUCAACCAGGGCCUAUUAUCGGCAACUGAUUUUGAAACUCUAACAUUUCCUGGUCAAUGUAGCAAAUUGAAAAGGUUGUCAUUUCAAAACAACAAACCAAGCGGGGACACUCAUGUAGCUUGCUUGACAAUGGCUAUUAAAGCCAACAUUUUUGGUAAUCUUGAGAGGAUGCAACUAUCAAAUACCCUCCCUGACAAUGUUGAGGAGAAUGGAAGACUACUCACUGAACUCUUACCAUCAAUUGCCUCUCACUGUCCUCAUCUGAAUGACAUUGAUCUCUCUGAGAACAAUAUCGGUGUACCUGGAGCUGGUGCAAUAGGAGAGAUCUUUGUAAGACUUGCUACUAAUAGGAAGGAUUUGGAGCUGAAAUUAUUAAUAAGUGAGACUAAUCUCAAUAGCGAAGCAGCAAAAGAAUUUUCUGAUAAAGUAUUGGCUUCUUUAGAGGAUGUUUCAAACCCACUCUCCUGUGAAAUCAAUUUGCGUGUUGAUAACAACCCACUUGGACACAGCGGCUUGUUAGCCAUCUUUAGAAUGCUCUCUAACGAAAACUGUCCAGUAACAAGACUUGAUCUCAGGGGCGGAUCCAGGGGUGAUUUUGAGGGGCUGAAGCCCCCCCCUUUUGAAAAAACUACCAUGUGUUGUAGUCUGACUCUACAACAAUUUUGCCACCAAUUAUGCAUCUGUAGACUCACUUGA